UCCUCUGAAGUCUCAGUGUCUUAUUAUUGUCAGUUCAUUAGGUGUAUUAACGGUAUAUAAUGUCAUUUUAUUUUUCCUUAGAUUGCAUCUAAAUUAUUCUAAAUUUAUCACCUAUCAGUGCAUGUGAAAUACUUUUACAAAAUAGACCGGGCUUUGGUUAUAUGAGUGACAGAGGUGUUUAUUGAGAUAGGAAGAAUAAUUAUUGAAGGAUAAUGGAUUUUAAAAUGCAUGAAUAUACUCAUGCAAUAGUUGGAAAAGUGACACCAGUGUUGAGACUCACAGACAAAGCUAAUUUGAAUGAUGCCCGGCGGCAACAUGAUUGCUAUUCGAGACUCUUGAGAGAAUUAAAUGUUGAAGUGAUAGAAGUGGACAUUGGGGGCACUUUUCCAGAGAAUGUCUUUCUAGAAGAUGUUGCUAUAAUAUGCCAUGGUAUAGCAUUGCUGCCAAAGCCAUCUACUACAGCUGAUGAGCUAAAAACGAAAGCAAUAAAGGAAGUCCUGCGAAAAGAUCUAGGGCAGACAAUAAUUGAAAUAAGUGAUCCAGAUGCUAAGAUAAUGGGGUCUGAUGUGUUGUUCACUGGUCGCGAAUUCUUCGUUGGCAUUUGCGAAACGAGUAAUGAAGCUGGAGCAAGUGCAGUUGCAGAAGCUUUUCCUGAAUUUCCCUGCACUCCUAUCAAGGUCUCCAAAGGAGCACAGCAUUUGAAAAAGUACAUAACAGUAGCGGGACCAGAUAUAUUGUGUGUAGGUGCCAGUAAGGAAGCUAAGGAAAUGUUAAAGAGAAUGGAGAGAGAAGCCACGUUUUCGUAUCAAACAUUGUCUGUCACGGAAGACGAGGCUGCUAAUUGUCUUUAUAUCAAUGGGACUUUAAUACAUAGGGCUAUAGAAGAAAUUCCAGAGUCCUUCAAGGUGUUCUGUGAAAAAAUUGAUUUUGCUAGAAGAUCCAUUUGUUUCUCCGAGUUGGCCAAUAUAUCCACUGGCCUCAGUGCGUGCAGCUUGCUCGUCAGGAAAUCGUAAUUUUUUUUUCAAUCAGCGCACUGAUUUGUUAAGGGCAAAAGUAAAAUGCUAAUGUGUUCAAGAUUAUAAAAACCAAUGGUUAUUUAAUAUUGUUAUAAUAAACGCAAGGGUAUAUAGCAAUGUAAAAUGUUAUCAGGUGUAGAUUGUAUUUGUAUUGUAAUCUGCGAGAUUGAGGCUGUGGCAGGCUCGCCUCCUGCCACAUGGGAUAUGAAUAAGCUCGGCAGAAUGAUUUUGCGGUUUAUUGCAUAUUUGAAGAUCUGUAAUGAUAAGUAUAAGUUUGUGAAAUCGAGAACAUGAUAUUUUAAUAUAUAGAAACGUCAUCCGUACAUUAAUAGGAUUAUAUAUGAACAUUAUAAAAGCAUAAUUUUCUGUCAGUACAUAAACAAUACAUACUUAUUAAUUUUAUUUGUAUACAAUAAAAUGUGCAAUGCCCAAUAUAAAUAUUUAUAGGCGCAACAUUUCGUUAACAUUUUAGUAAUGACAUCUUUUACAGUAACUAAAAUGUACCUAUUAAUUUUAUACAAUAUGUACAAAAUUAUCUAUGAUUAUAGAUGAUACUUUUUGAUGUUUGUUGGAUCAAUAAUAAUAGUCAAAGUAUAGGCAAUAAACACACAUGGAGAAGUAAAACACCAUUUUGGUAAACUGGGAAUAAGAUCCUACUAUAUGAUUCUCAAGUUAAGCGGAACAAGAAACUGUUAUAUAAAUAAAUUUUUUAUAGAGACUCGGCUGUCUCGAUUGGACCGAAUCCAUGUAGUUUAACGGCAAACACCAAUAUUUGUGGCUUUUUAAGUAUUCUAUUAAAUAUUCGUGAUUGUUAACACCAUUAAGAAUGAGAUUGUGUUAUGAUCGCUUCGCGUAGUUGACAAAUGAAUGUCGGUGUCGCAUAUCCAUUAAAAAAUGUUGCCAAAUUACACUUUUGGUGUUUGCAUUUUGGAAAAAGUUAUUUUGCAAAUGUCAGUAUUUUUCUCUUUAAAUAAUACAUUGCAUAUCGUUGUAGCAUGCAUUUAAUUAUAUAGUUAUCAUAGACGUACUCGUAGGUAAGCCUUUAAAGUAGCUUUAUUUCAAAUUUCACAAAAUUAGGACAGAUUUUAAUUUGUUCAGUCGUAUUCUGUUUCAAUUUUAGUAUGCGAUAUAUUUACAAUAUAAUGAAAUGCAGUGAGCGAAAUCAUUACAGUAUGACUGAAAUUGUUUUUAUUUCGUAUUCCUCAUAAUAGUUAUUAUUCAAAAAUAGGUUAGUUUUAAAGAUAAAAUGUUAAAAUUAUUUUAUGUAAAUGUUGAUAACAUUUAUAGCACUUAAAUUUUCAUGCAUGCUUGCUGAGCGCACGUUUUUAAUAUAUUGUUGUUCAAACCAUUAAUUUUCAGAUCUUUGUCUUUGUGGUGUCAUAGUUCUUAAUAUAUGGAUCGAUAUCAGUUUUAUAAUUCCAUUUAAAUAUUAUGAGAUCAUAUGUUGGGGGUUUUACAAUUUUGAAUAGUGUAUAAGUACAUAGGAGGAUAAAAUAAUUCGUAUUUGCAAUACAUAUUAUCCAACAUGGUUAUCCCAGUUUGAAGAGUGGCCAGAAAAGUAAAGUCAAACGUAGACCAUUCUGUGCAUUCUCUUCAAAUUCAUAAUUUUAGAAUACUGUUACAAAUGUCAAAUAAAAGCAUUUUAUACUCCUUUGUGAUAUAUUUUCGCUUUCAAUGUAACCAAUAAAGUUGGUCUCAAUGCGGAGCAGGGUGUGACUAUAUUAUGUCGUUAACUAUAUUUUUGAACAUGUCGAAAUAAAAAUCCUCGACUGCAUUAUUUUAAAUUCCAAUGGUGUGUGAUAAACAACGCACAUCGCCGCCAUGUGUUAUUCUUUUCAAGCGUUACCCUAGUAAUCUUCAUCGUGUUUGGUUUUACACCUCAUAAUGUGAUACCCCGCCCCACUCUUCUUUCUCAGUGACAUUUUACGGGCCUAUUAAUGAAGUGAUUUGUAUUUCAAGUCUUCCCUAUCGUUUAUUAUCACGAUACAAGCACGGAUUAUACAUUUAUUAUCAUGAUAUAAGCAUGGACUAUAGUUUAAGUAUAAUAAUGUGCAAAUUUUGCAUGCAUCACGCAUGCAUUUGAACCAGUCUAUCUCAAAUAUAUACCUCUCUUUCCAUUCCCUAAGUUUGAAGACUGAAAUAGUAGAAAUAGUAAUGGCACAAUUUUAUUACCUAAUAUAACUUAUUACUUAAUAUUACUAUUCAUCUUAUUAGUUUAUCUAGUCUUUUUCAACCGUUUUGACAGAAUUAUUAGCAUUUUUAAAUGUAACAUUUUUCUAAUGGCUUUUUUAAAAAAUGGCAUAUCAUACAGCGCCACCUAGUUACAAAUUAAACAGAGUUUGUACUAUGGGUACUAGACUGGAUAGAGUAAUUUUGCAUUUUUCUUAUUUACCAAUAAUUAGAUUUAAAUGACUUCAUGCAUGUGUAUGUACCUUUUUGAAUUUUGAGCAUUCCUUUUAGUAUGUAGUUUCCAAAUAUCAUUCUUUUGCAUUUAUUUCUAAAAAAGUUCUUUCAUUAUAUACAUAGAAUUAAGUGUAUUACGACCAUGUUUUAUAGAUACUAAAAUAAUAAUCUAGUAAAUCUCAAAUAAUUUGAAAUGAAUUAAUAUACCUUUGGAAUAAUUAUGUUAUUUCCUAUUUAGAAACAAUGUUUCAUUACAAAAUUAAAGAUUUGUUGAUUAUUAUUGAAACAUAUAAAUAUAAACGCUAAAUUAUUAUAAUAUACUGUUAAAAUACGAACAGUUGUGACAAAAAUAAUAUAUUUGAAAUUAUUUAUAAUAAAUGUUGGAUAACGAUGUCCCCCCCACUAAGACGUUAGUCUCUUUCUCAUAUUGUGAUUUACUAUUAUACUUUACUCCUUUAUUAGUUAGUACUUUUAAUUUAUUAAAUUAUGAUGCACAAAACAAGGAACUAAGUUCUCUAUAAGUAUUAUAUUCUGUAGUUUGAAUAGUAUUUAAAUCAGGUAAAGAAGAUAAUGAGGUUUUUUUUGUAGCGCCAUUCUCUAAUCUUCUAAAAUUAAAUUUACAAUUUGCUAUCACUGUAAAAUAUAAGGACUAAUAUAUUCGAAAUUCCUAAUGGAUUUUGGUCAAAAUUAUUAUAAAUUUAGUUCGUAAAGGGCCAUACAAUAAUACUUUUGUAAAACUAUUAAAUUAAAAUUUUGGUUUAAGAGACAGGUCGUGAGAAAUGGCACCACAGAAUCGACCCCGUAGUUAAUAACAAUAUAUAUUGUGUAAUAAUUUAUAAUAGAUUAUUUAUUACUCUAUAUACAUAAUUAUUUAUUAGAACUAUUAUUAAUAUUUUGUGAAGUAAUACGUGUAUACGUGGUAGUAUUUGUAUAUCUUAUAAAUGUACUUGAUAUGAAUAAGAAUCCAGUAUAUUUUCUCAAAUGUCUAUAGGAGCAAUAGCAAUAUUUAAAACUAAAAAUGUAUUCUUUACAUAUUGUAGAUUAAAACUAAAAUUAUGUAUCAGAAUGUAACGUGUCGUCGCUAGUGAUUAAAAUGUGUCACAUUGAUACUUAAAAAACUGAGGGGAAUUUUGUAUGAUGUUAUAGCUUGAACAUUUAAUAGUUUUUUUUUUUUUUAUAUUUGUUAUUGAAAAUAGACAUUUGAAGUGAUAAAUUUUAAUUUAAUAAAAAUAUUCUUAAAUGAUUUGUUAUUUAUAAUUUUUUUUUCUUUUACGUUAUUUUAAUGUUAGUAUUUAAAAUUACGAAUAUAUGAGCUGUAAAUACCAGUUUAAUCUAAUUUCAUUCAGCAUGUUAUAUAGAGUAAGCAGCACCCAAUUUUUUUUUCGUUAUAUCAACGCACAAUUCAAUUUUGAACUAGAAGAUAAUUAAUUAACGUACAUUCAUAUUUCUCAUUUAACGUCGGUAUACAGUAAAAAAGCGAAAGUACAGAAGAUUGUGUGCUGUCGAAAUCGCGAGAUUUUAUUUCGAUGUUGAUAAAAAAAUUAAGUACUCGCACUGAACAUUAAGAUACUACACUACAGGUAAUAAUGUGAUGGUUUUUUUUUAAAUCAAAAUAUAAGUUGAUUUUUAAUUUUGUCUGCUACAUUUGAUAAUUUAUUGACGUUGCGCAAUUCAUAUCCGAUUACAGGGAUAUGCUAUUUUACAUGUAUAUCGAAUUUUAUUAAGUACAUAUAAUAUAUUUGCAGGAUUCCAAGAACUAAUAAUUUUCCAGUUAAUAACUAUUGCAUUUUUUAUUACCUAAUUUUUAUCAUGCUUCUUAUAAUACAGCGUAAUUAUAUCAGUGAUUUGGUUGCAAUAUUAUAUUUAUAUAAAUCAUGAACCGUUUUUAUUGAUAAUUAUCUGGGGAAUGCCAUAUUGUAUGGACCGCUAUAUAUACCUUUUAUGUAUAAAAAUUAAAAGCUUUAAGCCUACUUUAACUAUUAGUAUUUUGUCACCUUAUCAAAUUUAAAAAUUUUGCAAAAGAAAACUAAUACAAUAGUUAAAAUAGGUUUAUAAAACAUUUUACUUUUUGUUUAUAAGGUAAUCGAAUUUUAAAUUAUAAAUUUAUUUUUUAUAAGCAGUAGCUUAAUAAUUAUGUCACAUAAUAAUUACUCCUCUUCAUUAUGUAAUUUUAUAUUAAUUAUUUAAUGAAAUUAAUUAAAGAACGAAAAUGAUCUGACCGUCUAGUUUCUUAUAUUUGUAUUUUAAAUAUUAUAUUCAAAGUAUUUGGCACUAAUUGCUUAUGAAGCUAACGUGUUUUACACAUAUGAAUUUAUGCACAUUUUAUCUUUUAAUAGCAUUCCCUUACUAAUAGUAUUAUUAAUUGUAUAAUUUUAAAUAUGCUAUCAUCUAGAGGAAUAUUUGAGAGUGUUCAUACCGGUACAUGAAAAUGCAACUUAUUUUAUGAUUAAUAAUUUAGUUCGCAAUUAGAUCGCUUUUUAAAUAAUCAGAAAUAUUGAUAAUUGUUCAAUUGUUUCUUAAAAUAGGCUAAUGAUUUUGACAUUGCCAAGCUUCGGUAAGCUUCGGUAUGAAUCCUUUUAAAGUGAUUUGUUAUAUUUCAUGUUAUUUUUCUGAGGUCUUUAAUAAAGGUGUGAUGACUAGUACUUUAAUAAUUAAGAUGUUGUUUAUAUGAUUUCAAACCGAUUAUAUUUAAUUAAGAUUUAAUUGAAUCUAAAGGAAAAAAUGGAUAUUGUAAUCCUACUGAAAAGCUUUUUGCUAUCAGCGUUAGUUAGUCUAUAAUACUGUAGAUGGCGCCUGUCUGGUCGUUACAUUAUAAAGGAGAUUAAAAACUUUGUUAACUAGUAGUUAGUACUUAGAGUAACGUAUCUAACUCAUUCAGAACGGAUCGUCAUUUACAUUUUGUCUUAAAACAGUUUGAAUGAAAGUAUUUCACGAUUUCUAUAAGACCUCAGAAUUAGAAUCUCGUGUAUCUACUUAUAUUAAGGAUGGAAUCUCAUUUUACUCGAUGUAUCUUUACCCCUAAAACGUAUAUUUAUGGUAGUAAAAAUAAAUGAUCGUAUAAAUACAA